AUGUCUAAGCCACCAGAGCUCAAGAUCAAACGAAUCGAUGUUUUCCAACUCGACAUGCCGUAUUCAGGAGGAAUAUACUAUCUCUCUGUUGGGCGAGAAUAUCCCAGUUUUGGCGGUACCUUUGUUCGGAUCACCGCUGAAGAUGGAAUCGAGGGCUGGGGUGAAAGUACUCCUUUCGGCUCUAACUUCAUCGCUUCCCAUGCGCUCAGUGUUCGAGUGGGAAUUGCAGAAAUUGCCCCAAAGUUGAUCGGGCAGGACCCGCGGGGAGUCAAUCGUAUCAAUGAUAUAAUGGACGACACACUCCUUGGUCAUGAGCAUGCAAAGGCAGCACUAGAUAUUGCAUGCUGGGACAUCUUCGGCAAAUGGACAAAUCUUCCUGUUUGUGAACUCCUCGGGGGUCGCACAGAUACGAAGCUACCAAUUAUCACCUCUCUUCCAGUUCGCGAGCCGGGAGGAAUGCUAGCUCUUGUUGAUGAGUAUCGAGCAAAGGGCUCCAGGGGUUUUUCUGUCAAGAUCAGUGGAGACCCCGUCAUUGAUGCAGCCAGCAUUACGGAAGCUCUCAAGGACAAGAAGCCAGACGAGUGGUUUGUUGUCGACGCCAAUGGCGGACUGACUGUUGAAGGAAUCAACUUGAAGGUUCAAAUGUUUGGUGGCUUAACCAAGGCCCGUCGUGUCCGAGAUCUCUGUUUGGCUGCUGGGUAUAUCAUCAGCGUGCAAGAAACAUGCGGUUCGGAUAUUGGAUUCGCACCCCUGGUUCAUUUGAGUCAAACUAUCCCAGAGCAUUCUUUACGCUGUGUCCUUGCGAGUCGCCACAUGCUUACUGUUAAAACGGCGGAUGCUGCGUUCGAUAUUAUCGACGGUUAUGUGGUUGCGCCUACCGUGCCUGGAUUGGGAAUCACGCCGCGGUUGGACGUGCUUGGCGACCCAGUUGCGAGCUACUUUUAG